CAUUAGAAGUUGUUGACAGUGUUCAGUAACAGAGCUUCAUUCUAAACCUUUUGACUGUUCUUCUUACAACUGACUAACAUGUCAAAAAUACUGACCAUUGAUGAGUUGAUCGAUGUUAUACAACAGUUAGAGAAAGCACGUUUUGACAAAACUAAUUGGAGGACAUUAGGAGGGACACUUGGACUGCAUCCUAAUACACUGAAUAUGAUCAGUGCAAAUCAAAGAGGUGACACUGACGGUUGCUUUGGAGGAUGCCUUUCCAAGUGGCUGAGAAGAGCUGAUAAUGUUGAUAAAGUUGGUAAACCAUCUUUGGAUACACUGGCUAAUGCUCUUGAGAAAAUGAAUGGCUGUAAAGCUCAAGCUGACUAUAUAAGGAAAUUAGCACGAGAAGGAGAUACCGGCAAAACGGGAGAAAAGAAUGCUAAAAGUACGGGGCCAAAAAUUGACUCCACUAAGAAAAGCAGCAAAGGUGGAGGAGCUCAAGCAAGAGCUGGUGAUGAGGAUAUUGAUGGACCUGAUGGACAAGACCCACCACAAGAUAAGAAGUGCAGAAAAGAGGAAUUCAGUGAAGAUCUCGUUAAAGAUAUUGAAAUUCUUCUCCUGCCAGCGACUGAUGCUGAAGAAGAGCCAGUCAUGGAAUACCUGAAGGAAUCACCUGAAGGAUACAUUGAAACAAGCAUUGAUGGCAUUGUGAAAAUGUACAUUGGAUAUUAUGGAAAAAGGAAAGUUAUCGUUUCAAAGAUAGCACCAGAUAAAACCAUGCAAGGCCCAGUUCAUGCUGCUAUCAUCACAACAAAGAUAAUAGAAAGAGUCAAGAGUAUCAAACACGUCGUUGCUGUCGGUGUCUGUUUUGGAAAGGAUCCAGAGAAGCAAGAAUUAGGUCAAGUUAUUGUUUCAGAGAUAAUUUGUGAUUUUGUAAGCAAACGUCAAGGAGAAGAUAGUGAAUUACGGCGAGGUGGAGAUUAUGAAGUAAACCGUGAAACAAAAGAAAUGUUCAACUUUUCUCAUAAUCUUGUCCUUCCAGAGAAUAUCAAAGUUUCACCAGGUCCUAUUUUAACAACGCCUAACGUGAUUGAUAAUCCUGAAAUUAAAAAAGGAUUGUUUGACAAAAAACCCGAAGCUGUAGCAGGAGAAAUGGAAGGAGCUGGAAUAAUGGCUGCUAUUGGUUAUGUCCCUCAACGUGUUGGUGGUAUUGUCAUCAAGGGUAUCGGUGACUGGGCUGAUGGUAAAAAAAAAGCUGCCGAAGACUCGAAGCCAACUGCAGCCCGCAAUGCUGCUCGUUAUGUGUAUGCUGCACUAAAUAAGUGA